GGUUAAAUGGCAUCGGAAAUCACCUAUGCCGAGGUGAAGUUCAAGGAUGCUUCCCCGGCUGCACAGGUCAAAGUACCUCCCAAGACAAAGAAGUGUGAGCACCAUCCUCAGAAAUACCCAGCAUGGCUCCCGUGGCUGAUCUCGCUGCUGCUCUUCUUGGUGUGCCUUGCCCUUGCUAUUGCUCUCCUUGCUGCUUCCUUCUGCCCUAGCGGUGACCAGCCCACAGCCCUGCAGCAGACAUUCAUGGAGUGGCGAUGCAUGUCAGCACUGCCACAAAGCAAAGGGCUAGGCUGGAAGUGCUGCCCGAGGGACUGGAAACUCUUUCAGGAAAGCUGCUAUUACCUCUCCAGUGAUAAACUCUCCUGGGCUGAGAGUGAGCAGAACUGCACUGGGAUGGGUGCCCACCUGGUGGUGAUCAACAGCAAAGCAGAGCAGAAUUUCCUCUCUAAGGAGCUGCAAAAAUAUAGAAAAGGAGAGAACUACUACAUUGGUCUGAAAGCACAGGAGCUGGAAGGGUGGCACUGGGUGGACCAGACUCCAUUUAAUGAGACAGCAGCGUUCUGGAGGAUAGGUGAACCAAGCCAUACGUAUGGUGAAGACUGUGUUGUCAUCCAUAGGUUUUCAGAGGCACCCAACAACUGGAAUAAUGUUGGAUGCUGGAAUCGUCAUCGAAUCUGUGAAGCUGCAGCAGUUACUGUUUGAUGGAGAUGCUCUCAUCCUGAUGAGCAGUGUGCUGGGAACGGUGCAGAGCUGUGCUGGGUGGGGUACAGGGCCUAGAGCCUGCCCCUUCGCUCUGCUGGGUGGAACGAUGCAACUGGAAGUGAUGUUACCUUGUGUCCAGCAUCACCAGUGCGUGUAAUAGCUCAGGGAACACAUGGAGGUAACCAAAACAGGUCCUGGGCUCUUGGGUUCUCUUCUCUCUGAGUGGGUUCAGCAGU